AUGGUGAAUAAGGUCUUUAGAUACUUGCCUGGGAGUGUCAUCGAAGCACAUGUAGAUGAUAUGGUCGUCAAGAGUAUGAAGGCCAACGACCAUGUUAGUGACUUACAGAAAGUGUUCAACAAUGCCCGACAAAAUAGACCGAAGUUCAAUCAGAGGAGUGUGUUUUUUGGAACAUCAGGCGGUAAGUUCUUGGGUUUUAUGAUGACACACAGAGGCAUUGAAGCAACUUCUAAUAAAAUUCGAGCCAUUCUAGAGAUGAAGAGCCCUGAAGUGACUUACAGAAAGUGUUCAACAAUGCCCGACAAAAUAGACCGAAGUUCAAUCAGAGGAGUGUGUUUUUUGGAACAUCAGGCGGCGAUUGGGGGCUCUACCAAAUUUGAAUGGACCAAGGAGUGUGAGGAGUCACUUGAAUCCUUGAAACAGUCAUUGCAGCAGCUACCGAUCUUGGCUAGGCCAUGUGUAGGAUAUGUGCCGUGUUUAUACUUAGCGGUAUCAAAGCAUGCGGUCAGUGUGGUACUGUUGAAGGAAUUUUCAAAGGUGCAGAAGCCUGUUCACUAUGUCAGCCAGGUGUUGAAGGGUAUAGAAACUCGCUAUGUCCUCGCAAAGCAGUUGGCCAAGAACGUCCAUCAAGGCGUAAGCGUUGACAAAUUUUAUCGCAGAGCUUACAACUCUGCCUCAUUGCCCCUCUCAACCGGAAGUAGUUUGGAAAAUCUUCGUAGAUGGAUCCUCGCAUGGCAAGGGGUUCGGAGUAGGCAUCAUUAUGAUAGAUCCGGAGUCUAA